AUGGCAUCCAACGCACCAGGUGCUUGUUGCACUGUCGGCACACUUCACGAGGGUACUCCAACAGGGAAGUCUGUCCAAAUUGAUGGGAAUUCCCAGAAAGCUGUCAUGUAUCUUCCCGAAAUCAUCGGAAUAUGGCAAAACAGCAAGCUCAUGGCCGAUGCAUUUGCUCGCGAGGGUUACGCCUGCCUCGUUCUCGACCUGUUCAAUGGUGAUCCGGCGCCGUUAAACAUGCCUGAGGAUUUUGACAUCAUGAAAUGGCUGCAGGAGGGCACUGGUGGGAAGAACCCCCACACCUCCGAGACGAUCGACCCGAUAGUGGUCUCCGGCAUCAACUACCUGAAGAGCCUGGGUAUUACAAAAAUUGCAGCGGCGGGCUACUGUUUCGGAGCCAAGUACGCUGUGCGGCAUUACAAGAGCGGAAUUCAGUGUGGCUUCAUCGCUCACCCAUCAUUCGUCGAAGCCGAUGAGCUGGCCGCUAUCACUGGCCCGUUGUCGAUUGCUGCGGCAGAAUUUGGUGACAUCUUCCCGACAGAGAAGCGACAUGAAAGUGAAGCUAUUCUGGCUCAAACAAAGGAGAACUACCAGAUCAACCUGUUUUCUGGCGUUCACCAUGGGUUUCCCGUUCGCGGUGACCCGAAGAACGAAAGGGAGAGGUUCGGAAAGGAGCAGGCGUUUUACCAGGCGAUACCUUGGUUUAAUAGAUAUUUCGGAGCAGCAUGA